AUGAAGUUCAGCAGCAUUCUCUCCGUCUUCGGCAUGGCCACCGCCGCCAGCGCUGCCUCUUUGCAGCAAGUCAGCAACUUCGGCUCAAACCCCAGUGGCGUCAAGAUGUACAUUUACGUGCCGGACAAGCUGGCAGCGAACCCUCCCAUUGUUGUGGCGAUUCAUUACUGUACCGGUACUGCCCAGGCCUACUACAAUAACAGCCCGUACAAGGGCCUUGCGGACCAGAAGGGCUUCAUCGUCAUCUACCCCGAGUCGCCCUACUCCGGCACAUGCUGGGACGUCUCGUCCAAGGCGACCCUUACCCAUGACGGCGGCGCUAACAGCAACUCCAUCGCAAACAUGGUUAAGUAUACUCUUGACAAGUACAAGGGCGAUAAGUCCAAGGUCUUUGUCACUGGGUCUUCGUCGGGUGCCAUGAUGACGAACGUUCUGGCCGCCACAUACCCCGACGUCUUUGCUGCUGGCAUCGUCUACAAUGGCGUCCCCGCCGGCUGCUUCUUCACCAACUCGGUCAACGGCUGGAACAGCACCUGUUCAAACGGCCAGUCCACCGCCACGCCCCAGCGCUGGGCGAAAUGGGUCACCGACGCCUACCCCGGCUACACCGGAUCCCGCCCUCGCAUGCAGAUUUACCACGGCAGCACCGACACCACCCUUAACGCUAAGAACUACCAGGAAACUAUUAAGCAGUGGUCUGGCGUGUUUGGCUACAACCCGGAUAAGCCCGUCACCUCGUCGCAGAACACGCCCCAAGCCAACUACCGGACCGAUGUCUUUGGUGACCACCUGACUGGCGUCUGGGCUGUCGGCGUUGGACACACUGUUCCUAUCCGGGGCAAUGACGAUAUGAAGUUCUUCGGGCUGUAA